GUAAGGUCCAAAGGUAUAAAUGGCUCUUACAUAGCUACUGUUCUGCAGUCCUCAUGGAAGAGCAGCCAUCCAGGAUUCUUCCAUCUCUGGGUAAUCUGUGUGCAGAUCCAGUUUGCUGACCAAAAGCAAGAAUUUAACAAGCGCCCAACGAAGAUUGGUCGCCGUUCUCUGUCCCGUUCCAUCUCUCAAUCCUCUACAGACAGCUACAGCUCAGAAGAGAGGCCCAAACAGCUGAGUGUGGGCUCUUCCCUGCCACACUCAGCACAGGCAAAUGCCAAGGGAACUCUCUCUGCCCCCAAGGAAGCAAUGAAGAUAUGGCUAGCUCAUUCAGCUGCCUCAUACACUGACAGCUCUGAUGAUGAGACCUCCCCCCGGGACAAGCAGCAGAAGAACUCCAAAGGCAGCAGCGAUUUCUGUGUGAAAAACAUAAAGCAGGCAGAGUUUGGGCGCCGAGAGAUUGAAAUUGCUGAACAAGAGAUGCCUGCACUUAUGGCUUUAAGGAAGCGAGCUCAGGGAGAGAAGCCAUUGGCUGGGGCCAAGAUUGUGGGCUGCACGCACAUAACCGCACAGACUGCUGUACUAAUGGAGACUCUUGGUGCCUUGGGUGCUCAAUGCCGAUGGGCUGCUUGCAACAUCUAUUCUACUCUCAAUGAAGUGGCUGCUGCCCUGGCUGAAAGUGGGUUCCCUGUCUUUGCUUGGAAGGGAGAAUCUGAAGAUGACUUCUGGUGGUGUAUUGAUCGCUGUGUCAACGUCGAAGGAUGGCAGCCUAAUAUGAUCUUGGAUGAUGGAGGGGACCUGACCCACUGGAUUUAUAAGAAAUACCCCAACAUGUUUAAGAAGAUCAAGGGGAUAGUAGAAGAGAGUGUGACCGGUGUCCACAGGUUAUACCAGUUAUCUAAAGCUGGGAAACUCUGUGUCCCAGCUAUGAACGUCAACGACUCUGUCACCAAACAGAAGUUUGACAACCUCUACUGUUGCAGAGAAUCCAUUCUUGAUGGCCUUAAAAGGACGACAGACAUGAUGUUUGGAGGAAAGCAAGUGGUGGUCUGUGGCUAUGGAGAGGUUGGAAAGGGCUGCUGCGCUGCUUUGAAGGCAAUGGGCUCCAUAGUGUAUGUGACAGAGAUCGAUCCAAUAUGUGCCCUGCAAGCCUGCAUGGAUGGAUUCCGCCUUGUGAAACUCAAUGAGGUUAUCAGACAAGUUGACAUUGUCAUCACCUGUACAGGUAACAAGAACGUAGUGACAAGAGAACAUCUAGACAGAAUGAAGAACAGUUGUAUUGUGUGCAACAUGGGACAUUCCAACACUGAAAUUGAUGUGGCGAGCUUACGUACGCCUGAGCUGACCUGGGAGAGGGUGAGAUCUCAGGUAGACCAUGUCAUCUGGCCAGAUGGGAAGAGGAUAGUGCUGCUGGCAGAGGGCCGUCUGUUGAACCUGAGCUGUUCCACUGUUCCCACCUUUGUAUUGUCCAUCACUGCAACCACUCAGGCUCUGGCUUUGAUAGAGCUCUACAAUGCCCCUGAAGGGCGCUACAAACAGGACGUCUACCUGCUGCCUAAGAAAAUGGAUGAGUAUGUGGCAAGUCUUCAUCUUCCAACGUUCGAUGCACAUCUGACAGAACUAACAGAUGAACAAGCAAAGUACCUGGGACUAAAUAAAAACGGGCCUUUCAAACCAAACUACUACAGGUAUUAAGUUUCUGCAGCUGUAACCAGAAGAAGUAAGGAACACGAAUCCAAGCCUUUUCUCAGCUAUUGUACAGGAUGAAAUAGUACAAGCUUCUUAAAUCAGAGCUGGACUUGCUCACGUAGUAGACAGUGUGUUAGGUUAUUUAUUUAUUAAACUAGAGUCCUGUACGUGCGGCCUCUGCCAAUGGUGUUUUUUACUGCCAGGGGACUGUGAGACAGCUGAUUUCUGUUUUUGGGGGGGGGCGGGAAGCAAGGGGAGGAAAGAAGAAUCUGGCUGAAUUAUUUUGUUGCAAAGUAUCUGUUAGCUUCAAGUAAUCCAUUAUCGCUGUAUGUCUAUUCUAAUAUACAGGGGAUGGAGGACAAUGCAUGAGGCGAGAUUUGGGAUCAGACUUCAAGCUUGCACGUUACGUUAGUACCUUAAUGUCUAGGAACUUAAUUUCAAGGUUGCACAUUUCCUUUGUACCUUAACAUUUCUUACCUGGAAGCAGAUUCUGGGCCAGUCCCCAGAACUGUCUGUCAGUUUUCAGGGUAGGAUGCUGUUAUUUUGUUUCCAUGCCAUUUUAAAACGAAAUCAGCACAAGCCUCUUUGCUCUAGACAUUGCUGACGAGACUGGUGCUAUCUUAGUAGUGAAACACUAAAUCUUGCCAGCAGCCACUGGGGAAAACUCUCUACUCUGAUUAUUGUGCAAGGACAGGCUUUGGCAACAAGCCAAAAUGAACUUUGCCUUAGCACUGUGGGAAGCUGUAACCAAGAGUCCAGUUUGUAGCAUCAGCUGGGGACACCCCGCAGCCUGAGUUAGGAGCCCGGGAGGCAGAGAUGCAGAGAUGCACCCACUCUAAAGCAAUCGGUGAUGAACGCUGCGGGCUUCACACCGGUGGACUAAGACCCAAUUACACACCAUUCUUCAGCAACUUUGCAGUAUUUUUCUGCAGCUUUUGAUGAGUGCCAACGUUUUACAAUUCAACCAAAGCUAUAUUUCUCAUGGAGCAGUUGUGUGGCAUCUUGUGCUCACGCUUGUGGAACAGCCUUGCGACUUUGCCGACAAAUGCUGCUUACAUUUCAAGGUAGCUCUUCGAGAUGACACUCAGAAGCUUGUUGUUCACACUGCUGCAGAAUGAAGCAGUAAAACAGAUCAGUUCUGAGGACCGUUCUUGACACAGUCCUUCUCCAACUGGUAUUUCAGUUCUCUCUGGAAGUGACUUCUAUGUAAAAAAGCACCUGUUUCUGGGCAACGUUUCCCAGACUCCCAGUGCCGGAGCUGUUUGAGUCUUAUUUUCAAAUAUUCAUUUGUUCAAUGAAUGAAUUCUAGGGAAUCUUAUUUGGAUUUACAAGUGCCAGUAAUUAUCCCGAGUAACUACCAUAGAGUAUGCUCUGUCCUGAGAGCUAGAUGUUAUAAGUAGAGUUCAGAAUCACUGUCACAUUAGUAUCUUGUCAAGUCUUGCUGUGUUAGUCAGAACUGAUGGAAGAUAAACAUGCCUGGUACUUCUUUUAGCCCAAGAUGUCCUGUCUGGAUGCUGCAUACAACACAGCCAUGCGUGUCAAGGUCAUUUUUAAGGUUGCCAUAUCUCCCCAGAGUCAUUGAUGACAUGUUUCUUUUUUAAAAUUCAAGGUACUUCAAGUGGUACUUACCAGACUUCCACUUGAGGCACUGACCUAUCAGCCUAGGCUUUUAUGUACCAUGCUCAUCAUCCUGGUAUCUGAGCACCUGAUCAAGUGAAGAUCCUUGUUUUGCCCUCUCUGAGUCCUUGGCCAUUAUGAAUGGGAGAGGUGUCUUUGUGGCAUUGUGUACUCACACGCAAAGGACAGAAAUUGUGGUCUACAGGCAAGUCACAGAAUCAACAAAAUUAGACAUGAAGACCACCUCCUGGGUCACCUUGUCCAAUGUCACGGUUGUUUCUUACAGCAAGUUUUCUAGUAUGCUGUUUAGUCCAAUUUUCAACCUCCAAAGGGCUGGAGCUCGAGGUAGAAAGUUGUAGAUAAGCUGUUGGAAGUUUUAUGAGACUGCAUCUGAGGGAGGCAUCAUAGAACGAUCCCCAGUCAUGUAUCAAUUGAUCUUCAACUCUUGGUGGAUUUUAUUCAGGUCCUGAGAUUUUUCAGAAGAGACCACUGAAUUAUUGUUAAGAUGCAAAUUGGGUGUAUUACUUUUAUUACUUACAUUGUUUGAGUAACUUUAUUCUGCAGCUAUCCAGCUUUAUCCUGGAGUCACUUUGGUUGUUUGUAGACGCGUGGGGUGAAGUCCAGGCCCAUGGAACUCAAUGGCAAAGCUCCCCUUUGACUUCAGAAGGGCCAGGAUUUCACUCGUAGGUCGCACUUUCUGGGUGGGGUCUGUUUCAGGUCAAAAGCCCCAGGAAUGUAUCCACCCUCGCUCCAAGAUCUCGGCAUCCAUGGACUGCACAAAUUGCCAAGGAUAAAGGGGAAGGAGUUUCUUAGAGAGAGGCUUUUCUCUUCUGUGUACUGCACCAAUCACAGAGCCAUUUCCCAGCAGCCAGGAGUUGGGGGAUGGGCAACACGUGUCUUUGAUUUAAUAGGGAACGUUAUCUUGUCCUCCACCCUUGGAUCUCUUGUGGUAUAAGUGUCCAUGUAUGAUGAGUAGGUACAUGCAUCCAACACGUCAAUCUGCUCUUGAUCUCACGUGGUUAUGCCUGGCAUGUGAAACUGCUUGUUAGACAAGUGCUUGGCGUCAGCCCUGGCUGUACUCUCUCUGUGAGCCUGCAUCUCACCUCUGUGACCUGAGUUCAGUCAUCUAGGGAGCAGAACCGUAUUCGUGAAGUUGCUGUACACUUACUGGGAGUUCCCAGGCUAACACCGCGAUGCUGGUUUGAAAUCUGAUAGUGAAGUGUAGCCUUCAGUAAGGGUAUCUUAGGACAGGUAUCUUUGGGAGGGUUUUUCCCAUACACACUCCUAUCAAUGAGCUGGAACAGAAUGGGUGCAAAUGUUCCCAGCUGACGGACACACGGAAGUUCCUUCUCUCUUUAUUCACUAGAGACAGUUGAGUCAAGAUGUGUGCACUUUUUACAGAGUUAGCUCUGCAGACGUGAGGUGGCAUGGCUGGGAAUGCCCCAUGCAGACUGAGAGACAGUCAUUGCUUAACGUGACCUGAGCACCCCAAAGUGUGGCCCAGGCCACUCUUUCCCUUGAGGGAGAGGUGCAGCCUCAGAGACUGCAGGCCCCUGCAUGCAUUUCUGCUCAGAUCAAGAUGGAGCAUUGCAAGCUGGGGGGUGCAGUCCCUGUGCUUUACGGAAGUGGAGCAUUGUAAUCCGUUCCAAGUGGCCAGUGCUCUUGGGCAUCGUUCGGGCACCCCCUAGCUAUAUGUGUGGAAACAGUUCCUAGUUUUCCCCGAGAGCUGACGAGACUGUCAGCAGCACACAGUGGCGCUACCAGCCUUCUCUUCUCUCUUAUUUUGUGGGGAAGGUGACCACAUUAACCUGUCUCUGUUUUCUGGAGUGAAGCCACUUAGGAAAUGCCGCUGUGGGUCACGUGUUGAUCUGGGCACCCUUUGGAAAAAUGGGGUCAGAAAUCCGGCUGAAUCGGCCCCAGGACAAAACCCAUUCCAUCAGGUGACCCGACGGUGCAUCUCAGAAGGGUCGCUUACCUAUUCCAAGUCUGUCACUAGUGUAGCGUGUGGUGGUGCUGUCCUCAUCAGUGAAUUUGUUUGUGCUGAUUUUAAGCUCAUUUUAUCUUCAGUGUAGCUAUAAGAAGAAGAAAAAAUCAUUCUACAUGGCUUUUUUCCCCCUUUGAUCUUUUACAGAUUUUCUCCAUGUUGCUAUGCCUUCUUGUAAGCUUUUUUGCUUGCUUGGCUUUUCCUACUCAAUCUGGAAUCAUACUCCAUGAUCAUCUCUAAAUUAAGUGUAACGGGUUUUUUUAAAUGUAACAGUUUUUUUUAAAUAUUAGAAAAAGGAAAUAGGCGACACCAGCAAAAUCUUAUAAGGAAAAUAAUUCUGUUCUGAACUUUAGAAACCAGGAAAAGAAACCCAAUCAUCUGCCAUAAUUCUACAGUAAGGAAGUAAAAACUAAGACUAUAACAUUUUCAAAAGGAUGUUUUAAAUAUUAAUGUCUGAGUGAUUGUAUUAGAUCAGCAAUAAAGACUCUGUAAUCUCAAAACACAAAUAAAAUGUUGCAAAAUUCA